AACCUCAUCGUCCUCAAUUCCGAAGCUCCAUUAUACAAGCAAUAAUUAAUUCUAUCCCCCCUCACCCUCCGAAGCUUUUCUUUCUUGUUAUCAUCUCACAAUGGCCUCCCGCUUGGCUGCUCGUGCCGUCGGGGCCGCCCGCCUACGACCGUCAAUCGUUCCGCGAUCUCUUCCCGCAGUCACCACUUCUCUAACCGCGAGUCGACCGGCCUCCAACGUCCCCGAGCCCAAGGCGAAGGCGCAAUCCAUCAUCGACUCUCUACCGGGUAACUCCCUCAUCUCCAAGACCGCCAUCCUAUCCUCCGCCGCCGGUCUAUCCAUCUAUGCCAUCAGCAACGAGUACUACGUCGUGAACGAGGAAACCGUCGUCGCCUUCUGUCUGCUCAGCGUCUGGGGCGCUUUGAUCAAGUUCGGAGGGCCGCUAUACCGAGAAUGGGCCGAGGCGCAGAAUGAGAAGAUCAAGAACAUCCUGAACUCGGCGCGUGCGGACCACACCCAGGCCGUCAAGAACCGCAUCGAGAACGUCCAGCAGAUGAGCGGCGUCGUCGACAUCACCAAGGCCCUCUUCGAGGUCUCCAAGGAGACCGCCCAGCUCGAAGCCCAGGCUUACGAGCUCGAGCAGUCUACCGCUUUGGCCAACGAGGCUAAGACUGUGUUGGAUUCGUGGGUGCGAUACGAGGGACAGGUUAAGCAGCGCCAGCAAAGGGAACUAGCCGAGUCUAUCAUUGCCAAGGUAAAGAAGGAGCUUGAGAACCCUAAGGCUCUUCAGCAAAUCCUACAACAGAGCAUUGCCGACGUAGAGAGAAUUGUGUCCUCCAAGGCUCAAUAGACAAGAUCAGUUUAGACAGAUACUCCAUGGCGCAGAUAAGAUUUCCUUUGUGCCCCCUUACAAUGUGUUUAUAAACACCCUGUGCAUUAGUCAACCAAAAAGAAACCUAUCUUGAAAAGAUUCCACCUCUCAACCUAUUGUGAUUAAAGCUACUCAUGCGGUAAUAUCUAUUUGUUUAGUGGUUUUCCGUAA